GCCGACUGACGUUACUGAAGAAUAGUAUCUUGAUGAUUAGGAAAAGCUGAGAGUAUAAUAAUGCCUAACCUAAAGUGAAGUAAAACAACCAGUGAUCAUCUUGUAGAAUUUAGUUAUUAAAUUUAGUUGAUAAAAAUAAGUGAAAAUAAUAAAAAAUGCCAAAAAUAAGAAAACCACAGUCACCAGGAAGUAGUAUUUGGUGGUUACGUCAACGAGAAACAGGUUUAAAUUAUUCUCUAGGCCAUGUUGAUCGUUUCUAUAAGACUUUGUACUCAUCAAUUCAACCAGUGACUUCGUGGGAUCAUGGAAAAAAUUUGCGAAAUGCAAUGCAUGGUGGUGUUUUUAACUUGGAAUAUUCACCAGAUGGCUCCCUUCUGGUGGCAGCAUGUGAAAAGAAGAGUAUCCUAAUGUUUGACCCCCUAUGUCGACGUUUAAUUCAUGCAAUAGACAAUGCUCACAAUGAUUGUGUAAAUUGUGUAAAGUUUUUGGACCAUCGGAUGUUCGCGACAUGUUCAGAUGACAAUACAGUAGCCUUGUGGGACUCUCGUAACUUAAAACAAAAAAUCCGAUCGUUACACGGUCAUUCAAAGUGGGUCAAAAGUAUUGAAUACAGUCCUCGCGAUGAACUUUUAUUAUCAAGUGGCUUUGAUGGCAGUAUUCAUACAUGGGAUAUCAAUAGUGCAACAGAAAAUAGUUUACUUUAUACACGGGUAUUUCAUACAAAUGGACUGAUGCGAACGCGUCUUACUCCAGAUGCCUCAAAAAUGCUCAUUAGCACGACUUCUGGUUAUCUCAUAAUAAUUCACAAUUUGCGAUUGAGCACUUUAUCCGAAGAUCUUGCAGGAUUCAAGCCUAAUGUCUACAGGCUCAUGCAGCUAUCACAAACAACACUUCCAGCUGCUGCAAGUUUCACCCAUCUCUUUUCUCACGCUAGAACUCACAAUAGGGUAGAAUUUAUAACAGAUUUUCCAAUAGGAAAUGAUGCUGAAUUUAUUUCAAGUCUUCAAGUACAUCCACAAGGUUGGUGCGUAUUAUCUAGGAAUGUUGGCAAUGAAGAGAAGUCAGAAUGGACUUGUGUGCAUGAUAUUCAAGAAAGACUAACGUCUUCAGACGUGGGUGAAGAAGAAUAUGAAGCUCCAGUUACGAUUCCUCCGACUCCACCUGAAGCACCUCCGCAACCUCCAGCAUCUCGUUCCAAUAUUAGAUUUUUAAUAGAUAGUUCUACACGAUUAAUGAAUGCAGCUUUUGGGCCUGAAUUUACCGGAAGCAAUAGAAUUCUUAACAAUUUUGAGUUAGUAACAAUUAGAUCAAAUGUAGGAAGUUCUACACCACGUUCAGAAUCUGAAGAUGAACGAGUGCCGCGAGUUAAUAAUGAUCGAAUACAACUGCCUUCUCCACCACCGCCGCCAUCUCUGCAAAACCAAUUGAAUGAUACAAGACGAAAUCGAAGUAUUUUCAACAACAAUAAUUUUUCUACAUCAAAUGUUGAGCUUCAUGUGAGCUCUACAGAUGUUUGGGAGGCGCUAGUAGCCUUACGUGAAGCCAGAUCGCGAAGAGAACGUGAAAGGGAGCUUUAUUAUUCUAACAAUCCAGUUAAUACCAGAAAUUGGAUGCUUCGAAGAUCUAUUGGAGACUCUACGAGAGAACGUAAUUCACACACAGUUGUAAUUCUUGGUGAUCGUAACAGCACUAACAAUUUUUAUCGGCCAACUCAUCAGCCCAUGUAUGCAAUACCACGAAACCACAAAAUUCACCAAAAUGUUUCACGACUUACACAUUAUAUUGAAGAACCGAAUGUGGGUCUAGGAUACAUCAAGGAACUUUGUUUUUCCGCAGAUGGCAGACUUAUUUGUUCUCCUUUCGGAUAUGGAAUUAGACUGUUAUCAUUUUCUAAUGAAUGUCAGGAUCUCUCUCACUGUGUACCAGCUCAAAAUGAGUCUGUUCAGCUACAUGAGCUGGCUACUAACAUUAGUCAUUCAGAUAUUGUUUUAAGCACAAAAUUUUCACCAAAACACUGUCUCCUAGUUUCUGGCUGUCUUAGUGGAAAAAUUGUGUGGCAUCAGCCUGUAGUCUAAUUUCUCUUUGUUACUCAUAAGCUCUAUUGUAUAUAGAUAAUUCUACGGAAGGUCUAACAUCCGUCUUAUGGCAUCAACAGUGAUGGUAGAUGCUAUAGAUUUCUUUAUAUUUAUACUCAUAAAUAUAUAUAGAUAUAUAUAUAUAUACAUAUAUAUAUCAUAAUUUUAUUAGUUAAUAAACAUGAAGCAUGUAAUAAAUUUCAUCAUUAGUUGUUGAGAAUGGCUGCAUCAGAUGUUGGUCUUUUGGUGGAAUUAUUGGUAUCCUUUUUAUACUUAACUCUGAAAGAAUAAAGUUUAUUACACAAAAUUUAUUAAAAUCCGUUGAACGCUUUUAGAUCUCCUUUUAUUCUUUUUGUAUUUGAUUUUAUCGAAUUCUAAUCUUUCAAAAUCUAAUUUGCUUUUGGAAAUUUUAUUUUUCUGUAAUUAUGGUCAAAUUGACAUUAUUAUUUUGCGCAUUUAUACUUCUUUAAUAAGCUAAUUUUAAAUAUUUCCCGAUUAAAAUUUGAAAUUGCUUAAAGCUUCUUCAAAUGUAAAUUUCAAUUUUUUUAUUCAAAAAUUUUAUUUAAACUACACUUAGUGUUUUUGUAAAUUUUAUUUUUAAUUGACUGAAAUUUAAAAAUCAAAAUCUAAUGGAGAAUUAAUUAAUAGCUUUAUCGAAGAGCCAGCUAAAGGUGCUAAGCAUCAAGCUAUUUCGAACAUUGGUUGAGAACUAUUAUCAAUGGUUUAUUUUUAUUUCAUAAGUCGGCAAGUAACUAGAUCGAUUCUAUCGGUGUAUUUUUACCCGACAGUAAAUUAAUUAAUUCAUUAAUUAGCCACGAUAUAAUGUGUAUAUAAAACUUAUAUAAAAUGUAAAAUUAGAAUAGGCAUCACAAUUUGUAUCUUGUUUUUUUAGGGAAAUUUUUUUAAAAUAUUAUUGUUUUUCCUCUUUUCUCGUAUACCAAAAUGACAUGUCAUAUGUAGUAACUUUGAAAGCUGUUCAAAGAGUACUUAAAUUAACAAAUUAAACAAAUUUUUUAAGAUGGUUUGACGGUAUAACUUACCAUUUGACAUGCCAUUUUUUAAUUUAUUCAUUAUUAAAUUAAAUAAAUUAAUGGAAAUAAAAAAUUGUGUACAGAAAAAUCUAGCUAAAUGAUUUUUUGUAAAA